UAUUUCAUUCCAAAUGAAUAUGACUUUUCUAAAAGCAAAAUAUUUAUUAUUGAUCUGUUUUCGCUAUUAGGACAAUUUUAUAUUCAUCAAACUAAAUGAAGUAACUUAAAACCCAAUUUUGCUAAUUUUCAAACAGCCUUUAAAGCUUAUUUAGAAUUUAUAAAGUCUUUAAAGAAUCGUACCAAAGACGUUCUUUGACGCAACGCAGCCGUUUACGCUCUGGCGUCACUGUAGAGCGCAAAGGAUUAUGGUUAGACAGCGGAAGUAAGAUGGCGGAGGUGACAGAUGAGGUGAGCUGUAGAUUGCUACGACAGGAGCAUUAAAUCGUGUUUUCUCACUAAUGGUUGGAAACAGAAGGUCUUGACUUCAUCCUGCGGAGGACCAGACAGCAGCAUGGCAGAUGAGAACGAGAAACCUGCUGUUGCUCCUCCAGUGUUUGUGUUUCAGAAAGAUAAAGCACAAAAGAGGUCAGCAGAGGGAUCCAGCACAGAGGAUGGAGAGGACUCGGAUGCGGCAGAUGGCAAUUACAGCCCUGCAGCCAAAAGAGGAAGAACAUCACCAUUUACGCAAUUUCCACCAACUCAUUCCGUUUCUAAGAAUAAUGUUUUCAUGCCAUCCAGUUUCUGCCAGUCACCAACCGAAAACUCGGACUCAGAACCUGAAGAGAAAACUGUGGGGUUUCGCCUGAAACCCCCAACUCUGAUCCAUGGCCAGGCGCCGAGCACUGGUGUCCCCAGCCCGAAACCCAAAGAAGCCCAGCGCAGCAUCCUGCGACCUUCAGUGCUGCAGCCCCCUUUGACUCGAUCCCCCCCUCAGAACAACACGAGCAACAGCAGUUCGAACGGAGCGAAGAACCUCUCAGAUGGAGGAGCAGAUUGUGAACGUAACUCGGAGACGUCUGCUGCUGGCACACAGGAUAAUGACGUGUCAUCGGUAAAGAGCAGCAGCACUUUUGGGCACAAAACAGAAGACAAAACUGAAGGUGCCCCAAUUGAGACCAGUUUUGUGUUUGGACAGAAUAUGAAGGACAGAGCAAAGGUGGCCAACAGCUGUGUCUCAUCCAAAAGUGGUGAUUCAGAUGAAACAAAUUACUUUUUGCAGUAUAUCGCUUCCAGAGCACAAAAACCUGACAGCAGCAAUGCCAACAGCGUGAAGUUUGUCUUUGGGCAGAACAUGUUGGAUCGUGUCUUGGCAAUGCCAAAGUUCAGCACUGAACCUCCAGGGAGCAGCAAAGAGCCUCAGUCAGAGAUGGGCCUGUUCAGCCAGAGUUCCUCCUCACACGAUCAAACCGUGGAGCCAAAGAGUGACAACAUGAAAGAGUCUCUGGAGGAGUCGGCGGCGCGACACGAAGCACACAAACCGCAGAAGUGUUUAUUAGAGCGGGUGGAGGUCCGGACAGGAGAGGAGUCUGAGAGCAACGUGUUGCAGAUGCAGUGUAAGUUGUUUGUGUUUGAGAUGACGUCUCAGUCGUGGGUGGAGAGAGGAUGUGGAGUGCUCAGGCUCAAUGACAUGGCAUCCGAUGAUGACGGCACUUUACAGUCCAGACUGGUCAUGCGGACUCAGGGAAGUCUUCGAGUGAUCCUCAACACUAAGCUUUGGCCUCAGAUGCAAGUGGAUAAAUCCAGUGAGAAGAGUCUCAGAAUAACAGCCAUGGACACAGAGGAGCAGGGCGUCAAAGUCUUCCUCAUAUCUUCCAGCUCUAAAGACGCGGCGCAGCUCUUUGCAGCCCUGCACCAUCGUAUCCUGGCGCUACGGAGCAUCAGCGGGCAGGAGUCUGACGGCCAGCCGGCCAUCCGCUUCAGUGACGACGACGAGUCCCGCACGCCCCCCACAGCAGCCACGCCUGCUCCAGGUAAUCCAGAGGCAGGUGUGUGUCCAUCCACAAGUGACACACAGUGCUGAGCCUGCUGCUGAUAUUUAUCCCACAAUGCCUCCCUGCAGCCCUCUGAUCCGCUCAAAUACUAUGCAGGUGUUUUUUCUCCAAGCUCCUUCAGGUGUACUAUAGUCAUGUGUUCAGCUGGUUUUAUUUAUUGCAUUUUAACAGCAAAAAAGCUCAUCUUCAGGACUGGACACAUAACACUCUUAAUGUCAUCAUAUUGAUGAAAAUGAGAGGCUCUUAGUGUUUUAGUAAACCGAUUUUUCCAUUCUAAAUGUUAGACUUAAUUACUCCAUUCCCUCCUGAGUGGAAACAGAGUGCACACAGAGUUAACAGAAACCAAACACGGAUGUUUGUUGUCCCAUCUCAUCUUCCAUCACAGUUCUGCUCAGUUUCAGCUGUGUUGUUAAAAUCAUCCGUCACUUUCUCACUUUAGAUCUCAGAAUGACUUCAGAUGAGUCAUGGGAUGUGUUAGCGGCGUUUAAUUUACUCAUAUAGUGCUGUAGAACAGUACAAUAUUAACAUGUGACCGCUCUUAUAUAAAUUUUAUAAACAUUUCAGAAUCAGAAACUUUCACACUGCAGCUUUAAGUGGACCUCAUUUAUUAUAUUAUUCAUAUUAUAUCUAAUUUGUUUAGUCUCUUUAUUUAAAGGAAAAGUUUGCCUAUAAAUGCAAAUUCUGUUGCGACACUUUUGUAGUUUCAAAGCUGGAAAAACGAGAUAUUUUUGAGGAUUCUGGGUUUGGAUGCGUAAACAAUGACAGAGUUUUUAUUUUUGGGGUGAAAUGUUUCAGCUUUUACAUAUCAUUGCAGUGAGGUUGACCUCAACUAGCAAACAAAAGGAACCAUUGUACAAAUACUUACUGUAAAUUAUUCUCCAGUUUCAAUGCAAUAGUACAUUUUCAGACAGUAUAUUUUUAUGAAUAUGUCCUGUAAAUCGAGUUAGUACUGUACAUAGUUUAGAAUCAAAAGUUUUAUAGCAAAAUGUCUCAUUAAGGACAUUAAUUACUAUCAUAAAAUGGGUUAAGUAUUGUCUGUUACUAUCGUAAUUCUAUAUUGAGAAGCUUUUGUCGUUAGAUUAGUGAAAGGUUCUGUUUCUCUUAACAAAAAUUUUGUUAAAGAAAAAAAACUUGGACAGCAUAUUUUACGUUUUGUGGUUGCGCAGCUGUAGAACUGACCUGUUUGGGUGAAUCUCACAGAAUCUGUCAGGGUUGUAUUUCACACUAAAAUAAGAUCAUUAAAGGUAUGGUUCAACCAAAAAUGAAACUUUGCUGAAAAUGUCCUCACCCGAAAUGUAGAUGAGUUUGUUUCUUCACGAGACCAGAUUUGGAGAAAUGUAGCAUUCCAUCACUUGCUCACCAGUGAAUGGGUGCCGUCAGAAUGAGAGUCCAAACAGCUGAA